AUGUCGAUGAUUACAAAUGUCGAAAUUGAAAAAAAGUUCUUUGACUUUUAUGAGGGGGAUAAAAAUGUUUUUUAUUCAAAGGAAUAUGAAGUUUUUUUAAGCUUGUGUAACAAUAAUGUACAUUGCUUUAAGAUAAAUGAAGGUAGUAAUAAUAAAAGCUGCUUCAAUAUAUACAGUGCCAAAUACCCCACAUGCAUACUAGAGUCUUGCGUAGAUAUUGAUGACAUAAAUGAGGUUUAUCAUAAGAAAUACAUGAACAAACAUUGCGUAUCUUUAUUCAGUUCUAUAAGACUUUUUUACAAUUCUGACAAAAAUGUGUUCCUGUCAACGGAUGACAACAAGAUACAUCAUUAUGUUCUGCAUCUGAAUGAUAUAGAAACAAAGGGGAAUCAGGAACACACAGCGUAUCAAAAUGAAAAAAAUGAAGACAUACAUGAUAUGGAUGAAAAAAGAAACGAUGUUUAUUUAUAUGAUGAAACAGAAGAGGAAGACAAAAAUGAAUACUCAUAUAGUUACAAUUGGGUUCAUUUAAAAGAAAAGAAAAUAUGGAAAUCUCAGAACAUUGUGAUAACAUGUUUUAGUUACUCUAAGGAGGGGUAUAAAAAAUUAAUAGUUGGAUACAUAAAUGGUAUGAUUAAUGUUUAUAAUUUAUCUACCUAUAAGUUACAAUUUUCCUACAGAAUACACAAUAGUAGAAUUACCAACUUGAGAAUGUAUAGACAUUUUAUUAUCAGUUCCGAUGUAACCAAAAAUGUUUUUAUUUAUGACAUUGCAAAGGGUGAAAAAGUUGCAUCUUGUGAGGAUCACAUGAGUGGAAUUAUUGACUUUCUCUUCUUAGCUGUCCAAGGUGGGUCUACCAAUCAGAAUAAGAAUGAGAAGUGUAAUGAAAUUGAAGAUGCAAUUGAGAAGUGUAAUGAAAUUGAAGAGGCAGUUGAGAAGUGUAAUGAAAUUGAAGAUGCAAUUGAGAAGUGUAAUGAAAUUGAAGAUGCAGUUGAGAAGUGUAAUGAAAUUGAAGAUGUAGUUGAGAAGUGUAGGGAAGUGGAAGAUGCAGUUGAGAAGUGUAAGGAAGUGGAAGAACCGCUGGAUAAGUGCAACUCUGAGGAAGGGGAGUGUAGCAGAGAUGAUGACGAAAAAUUGAUAGGAUUUAUAACGAUUGGUAAUGACAAAAUUAUGAACGUAUGGGAUCUAAGUCUAUUAAAUGCAGAGGACGAAGAAGCCUUUAACGAUGUGAAGAAUGAAUACAAUAAUAAAAAGAAAAAUAAAAAAAGGAGAAACAAUAGCGUAGUUAUAUUAAGUCCAAUAAAGCAAAUAUACCUAACAAACGAUAUAAACCACGCAUUAGUAAUUCCGUCCAAUAUUUUUAAAAGUAAAAAAAGUAAAUUAAUAAUAAAAGAUGAAAAUAUCAAAUGGCUAAUACUUACCCAUGAUAAUGAAGGAAAUUUCAUUUUUUAUAAUCCAUUAAAUGGAGAAAUAAUUUACAAAUUUAAGGAAAAUAGAAUACUAAUUAAUGAGAGUAAUAUAAAUAAAUUUUUCUUGUUAAAAUAUAAAUUACAUGUAUUUAGGGAAGACAGUUCUUUAUUAAUUUAUGACUUAAGAAAUUUCAAUAUAAUAAAAAACUAUGCGUGCAAAAUUGAGGGUAUAUUUGAAAUGCUUGUCUUCAAUCCAAGCUCUAAGGAUGAAAGGCAAAAUGAUGACAUACCAAGUGGUGAAGAAGAAUUGGUAUUGGAAGAUAGUAGCUCUUUCAAUGAUCUAAACCAAAACAAUUUUGUAGUCCUAACAGGAGAUAAUAUAAUUCGAAUUUUAAAUUUCCAGGAAAAUUUAAUUAAACAAACUUUAUUAAUAGGACAUGAAGAUGUUGUUUCUUGUAUUAAAGUGAAUGAAGAAAAUUGCCUCCUGUUUAGUGGAUCCAAUGAUAAAAAUAUAUUCGUGUGGAAUUUAAAAAAUAACAAUUGUAUAUACAUAUUGAAAGAUAAUUUAUAUACCAUCAAUUCAAUUGAUGUGAAUGUGAAGAAAUUCCCUAAAAUUGUACUUGUAAGUGUAUGUGAGGAUAGUAGUUUGAAGCUAUGGAAUUUUAUGAUAAACGUAGACUAUAUCAAAAAAGGGAAUGAACAUAAAAAAAAAAGAAAAUUGGAUGAUUUUUUUUCAGAUAAGGAAAUUAUUCAAAGUAAUUUUACCAUUUAUCCGCAUAAAGUUACCAUAAACAACGUUGCCAUAUCGCACAAUUCGAAGAUUGUUGCUACCUGUAGCAAGGACAAAACGAUAAAACUGUUCGAGACCCUAAAUUUGAAACUGAUAAAAAUGCUCGAAGGGCAUAAAAAACCCGUGCAGAAUAUUUUAUUCUCCAAAACUGACCACAUUUUAUAUAGUAAUUCAUACGAUAGCGUAAGAUUAUGGAGCCUGACAAAUUUUGAGUGUUUGAAAAGUAUACAAAGUCUCGAUUUCAAUAUAACAAAAAUAUUAAUUCUUAAUGAUAAUUGCAUGGUUAAUUCGUAUAGCAAUGGCAACAUAAGUUUAGUGAAUAUAAAAAACUGUGAAAAAAUAUCAACCGUAAAUUAUCACAAGGACAAAAUCUUUUGCUUACAGAAUUGUAGAAAUAAUAGUCUCGUAUCUGCAUCUGUAAAUGGAGAACUGAUAUUUUUAAAAAACAUAAGCGCAAAAGUAUGCACAGAUAAUAUGUUUGAAAAACGAAAAAAUAUUUUUUAUGAAAAUUAUUUAGAAAAUUUAUUGAAUGAAAAUAAAAUAAAUGAAUCCUUGCUCAUGUGUUUGAAGCUUAAUAAAAAAUUUAAAUUUAAAACUAUUAUAGAAAAGUAUCUAAAUUAUUACACCUUUUCUAUUUUGCAUCUUUUGAAAAAGUUUGAACAUGAGUAUGGUAUUAAAAGAAUAAUCCAAAGCGAUGCCUAUAACCACAUUUCCGUUUCUUCAAAGAACGACACAAAAUAUCACAAAGAUGAAACCAAUAUCACAAAGGAUGGAACCGAUACCACAAAGGAUAAAUCGAACAAUGAGGAAAAUGAAAAAGAUGGCAAUCAUGUAAAUUCCUCAAAUGCCAAAAUAAAUAAGACGACCUCACUUGAUGAUGGUGCUAUUCUUGGAAGUAUUCAUAAUUAUUUAGAUAAUUCAGAUAUUCUAGAAAAUUAUAUUUACUUGGAACUAGCGAAAAUGUCAUCAAACAAGUCCAACGAUUUUGUUAAAUGUGAAAGGGACGUGUCUCUACAUAAUGGAGGAGAAUAUACCCUCGAGAACAAAAAAUAUGAGGAAAAUCAUAACGCAGAUGGAAAUAAUGAAAAUGACUACCGUGAAGCUGAUAAAGACAAAUACAACGAUGAUGAUAAUUUUGUGUUGUUUUUAAAAAAAAUGAAAGAAAAAAACGAAAACUCGUACUUCUUAUACCUUAACAAAUUAAUGGAAUUCAUAGCCUUCUUCAUUGUGAAUCACAGAUUUGCUUACAUAUCCAAUUUUCUGCUGAACAGUGUUAUAAAUUAUAUUGAUUAUUCAGACAUUUGUAAAAUUAAUGACUACCAGCGGUUUUUCGAAAUAUACAACAGUUACGCUCCAAGGCAUAAGAACAGGUACCUGCAGUCUCUGCAAAAGUCUAAGUGCUUUGAACUAAUUAACAUCAAUUAUUAUAAGGGGGAUAUUAAAAUGAUGGGUUGA